CAGAUUUUCCACACAGGGGUUUUUGUAAAUGAUGUAACUGGAGGAUGUGGAAGCUACUUUAGCCUGUGUGAAACAAAGAUGAAGCAUUAAACAUCAGAGAGCUUGGAGUGAUUAGACUUCAAACAAGAUAACGCUGAGGAGAAGGAUGACGGACGUAGAGAACCAAAAAUCUCCGAAUGACUCUAUGACUCAGAGUGACCCUAGCCAUGCGACGACAGCACCGAUGUACGCUCCCCCUCCAUACAUGCCUCCUCCUUAUCCUACGGGCCCUGCCAUGUACCCCCAACCAAUUCCUGUACAAGUCUGCGUUAUCCAACCUGAUCUGCCCCCAGAAGAGGCAGGUGUCAUCAAAACAGAAGAACCAAAUCUAGCAGAUGCUGAGGAAAAUCAGAUUGUGUCAGCCUUUGAAGAUGAUAAGAUUCGGAAAGCGUUUAUCAGAAAGGUGUUCAGUGUGAUAACGAUUCAGCUACUAGUCACGUUCACUGUAGUCUGUGUGUUCACCUUCUCAAAAACAGUCAAGGCAGCAGUUCAGCGUAGCAUCUGGGUGUACCUCAGUUCAUACAUUAUCUUUAUGGUGGUGGCCUUAUGUCUUACCUUCUCCACCAAAUUCAGUCGCACACAUCCCUGGAACCUGAUUGGACUGUCAGUGGUCACGCUGAGUCUGUCCUACAUGGUGGGAACUGUAGCCUCAUAUCACAACACAGAUGCUGUGGUCAUCGCUUUAGGAUCAACUCUGGUCAUCUCAUUCACCAUCAUCAUUUUCUCUGCCCAGACUCGUUUGGACUUCACCAUUUGUAACGGCAUUCUGCUUAUACUGUCCGUCAACUUUCUCAUGUUUGGAUUCUUCACUAUCUUUUUCUACUCCAAUGUUCUGCAAGUUCUCUACGGUUUUCUGGGAGCCCUUCUUUACGCUAUGUUCCUGGCAGUGGACUGUCAGUUGGUGAUGGGCAGGAAAAAAUACAGCCUUGAUCCUGAAGAGUAUAUCUUCGGUGCCUUAAUUAUCUACCUGGAUAUCAUUAUGAUAUUCCUCUACAUACUUUUGAUUUUGAGCGGAGGCUCCAAAAAUUAAAUGCAUGCACAUCUUGUGGCACUCCAAGUCUGCACAUGCCUGAUGAUGUUCAACCUUCCGACCUCAAGUAUUCUCACGUCACAUGUCUGCUAUGAUCCCUCUACUGUUCACUGCCCCUGCUGCUUGUGUCUGGUUGUUUCUAUUUGUUAGAAGUUAUAUUUCUUUAAAAGAUCAAUUGCACUGUUUGCAUUUGUUGAUCACAAGAACUUUUAGUAAGUCUGCUAAAUGACCCUUAAAAACUUAUAUGUCUAUGGUGAUAAACACCCAAUACUUUAACACUUAUACACCCCUGUAAUAAUGUGACUGCUCGCUCUUAUUUAUGCUUUAAAGAAAUCAAUAAAUUCUGUUUUAUUAAAAAAAAA